AGCGAUGUCCGAAUAUUGCUUGUAGGAAAAAGUACGCCUCUGUCAUCGGGGACGCGCCUAGUUUCCUGUAGUCUUCUCGACCCGGACUACGCACAGGUGGAGUGUCGUCCUAACGUUUUUUAACGAAUAAACUUGUCGGGCCAGUGAUACAGAAUGUGGAAGUCAGUGGUGGGACACAAUGUCAACGUGAAGGUGGCCUCAGAGGGCGACGACUGGGAGACAGAUCCUGAUUUUGAGAACGACGUGUCAGAGCAGGAGCAGCGAUGGGGCUCCAAGACCGUCGAAGGGUCUGGUCGAAAAGAGCACCUGAGUGUGGCGGAGCUCAGACAGAAGGUGUCUCAGGAACACGAGACAGGGAAGAAGAAGGAGAUGGAACAGGCCCCAAAGGCCUCGUACGGGUAUGGAGGAAAGUUUGGGGUGGAAAAGGACCGCAUGGACAAGGUUGCUGUUGGGCACAGCUACGUGGCCCAGGUGGAUCAGCAUUCCUCCCAGACAGAUGCGUCUCAGGGCUUUGGGGGGAAGUUCGGAGUGCAGAAGGAGCGAGUGGACAAGUCAGCAUUGGGCUUUGAGUACAAAGGAGAGGUAGCACAGCACGCUUCACAAAAAGACUACUCAAAGGGCUUUGGGGGGAAGUAUGGUGUUGAGAAGGAGAAGGUCGACAAGGCAGCCUUGGGCUAUGACUACAAGGGAGAGACAGAGAAGCACCAGUCACAGAAAGACUACUCAAAGGGCUUUGGAGGGAAGUAUGGGGUUGAGAAGGAAAAGGUAGACAAGGCAGCCUUGGGCUAUGACUACAAGGGAGAGACAGAGAAACACCAGUCACAGAAAGACUACUCAAAGGGCUUUGGAGGGAAGUAUGGGGUUGAGAAGGAGAAGGUCGACAAGGCAGCCUUGGGCUAUGACUACAAGGGAGAGACAGAGAAACACCAGUCACAGAAAGACUAUGCUAAGGGCUUUGGUGGGCGGUACGGUGUGGAAACAGACCGCGUCGAUAAGACUGCAGCGUCAUUCACAGACAUGGAUUCCCCCUCUUCAUCCUAUGAGAAAACCCAGCCGCUGGAGGCCUUGAGUUCCGGGGCCGGGAAUCUGAGGGCCCGCUUUGAGAACAUGGCUCAGUCCUCCAACGAUGAGAACAGGAAGCGGGCGGAGGAGGAGAGAGUCAGGAGGCAGGCCAGGGAGAAGAGGGAGCAGGAGGAGGCCCGUCGCAGGCAAGAGGAGCAGAGCAGCAGAGAGGAGAAUGAAGAGCAUGAAGAGCCUCCUCCUGUUCCAGUUACCGCAAGGACCCCAAUGGUGCCCAGGCCACUGCCUGAACCUCGCAGAGAGGAGCCUCCUCCUGUUCCAGUUACCACAAGGACCCCAAUGGUGCCCAGGCCACUGCCUGAACCUUGCAGAGAGGAGCCUGAGCCAGAGCCAGAACCAGAACCAGAACCAGAACCAAUGCCUGCGCCACCAGAGGAGGAGGAAGCAGAAUAUGAGGAGCCCCCUGCCCUGCCCAUGCGCCCCGAGGACCUGCUGGAGGAGGAGGAGACCGUGUACGACCUGCCGGCCGGGCUGGAGCCUGAGGCGCCCGAGGCGCCCGAGGUGGGCGUGUACCACCAGGGCCCUCCAGCGCUUGAGAACGACUAUGAGGAUCUGUGCAGCGGUCUGUGCGCCACGGCGAUUUAUGACUACCAAGCGGAGGGGGACGACGAGAUCUCCUUUGUGCCGGACGACAUCGUUACGAACAUUGAGAUGGUGGACGAGGGCUGGUGGCGGGGUCACUGCCACGGGCGCCACGGCCUGUUCCCCGCCUCCUACGUGAAGCUGCAGCAGUGAGCGCUUUGGGCUUUGCCCACCCCCCCACCCCCCCGCCCCCUGCCCCCACACUCCCCCUCUUCUCUUCCCUCAUCAUUCCCAAGGCUCUCUCUUCCUCAACCAGCCUGCUCUUGCAUGAUUUGAAUAGGGUUGUGUUCUAAAUUUAAAGCUUAAAACCAGGCGACACAUUUGAGAGCAGCUUAUAGCAACAUGCUCACAAAACCUGAAUAUACCCUUAGAGCCCGCUCUUGCUCUUGUUUAAUCAGUUGUUUUUACUUUUAUUUAAAACAUUUGUUUACAAACCUGCCCAUACAUAAGUUCUAAGGCCCUUAGCUAGUGAUACAUUUUUUAAAAUGAUAAAUAUUUUAAAAUAAACAUAAAAAUAUUUUUAUGCAAAUAUUUUUAUUCUCCACUAUAUCUUGUAUAUGUUAUUUUUGUCAUUUUUCACUUUUUAUUUGGAAAUAAUCAGCUGCAUACUUUUACAAUCAAACAACGGUAUAACUUUAAAUAAAAAUACAAUGACAAAUCA